AUGACAAAUAACUUUGAGAAAACUCUUGGCGAAGGAGGGUUUGGAGCUGUGUACCACGGUAACUUAAACGGUAAUGAACAAGUAGCUGUUAAAGUUCUCUCUCAGUCCUCAGCUCAAGGCUAUAAGCAAUUUAAGGCUGAGGUAGACCUUCUUCUGAGAGUACAUCACAUAAAUUUGGUAAGCCUUGUUGGUUAUUGUGACGAAGGACAACACUUGGUCCUCAUCUAUGAGUACAUGUCCAACGGAAACUUAAAGCAACAUCUAUCCCGAGAAUAUGCUACUACUCCUUUGAGUUGGGCAAAUAGGCUAAGAAUUGCUGCAGAGACAGCACAAGGAUUGGAGUACUUACACAUCGGAUGCAAACCACCAAUGAUUCAUAGAGAUAUCAAAUCUACGAAUAUACUUCUUGAUAAGAAUUUUCAAGCUAAACUUGGCGAUUUUGGACUUUCAAGAUCUUUUCCAGAGGGUAGUGAAACUCAUGUGUCAACAAACAUUGCUGGAUCGCCAGGUUAUCUUGACCCUGAAUAUUACAGAACAAACUGGCUGACAGAGAAGAGUGAUGUCUUCAGCUUUGGAGUCGUAUUACUGGAAAUCAUUACUAGCCAGCCCGUGAUUGACCAUACACGUGAAAAGUCUCACAUAGGAGAAUGGGUUGGAUUUAGAUUAACUAACGGAGAUAUCAAAAACAUUGUGGAUCCAAGUCUCAUUGGGGAUUAUGACUCUAGUUCAGUUUGGAAGGCUCUUGAGCUAGCAAUGUCAUGCGUUAGUCCAUCCUCGUCUGGAAGACCAAACAUGUCCCAGGUUGCAAAUGAACUAAAAGAGUGUCUCUUAUCUGAAAACUCAAGGAAAGAAGGUAAACAUGAUGUGGACUCCAAAAGUUCUGUUGAACUGAGCACGAGCUUUGGGACUAAACACACUCCUGAUGCACGCUAA